AUGGUCACCCUGAAUUUAAAAUCUACAGCUCUGGGCGUAAGCAAUGAAACAGAAAGUAGGAUACUACGAGUUGACCGACUCGGAAGGCGCAGAUUCAGAUCUUUGCCAAGCGUGUCCGGAUUAUCCUUUUUUCAUCCCUCGGACGUCAUCAAAGCCAAUAGGGUAGGCCAAAAAGCAUUCUGCUCACAUCGCAUCUUUGAAGCUAAAACAUCCGUCCGACGUUCGUCUUCACAACACGCAGCACACAACCUUGCGUUACGGUAUCUGUGCUAA